GAAUUAAAAGUUAAGUGUUUGAUUUAUUUUGCAGAUUGUGGGUUACGACAUGACAGCUAUUAGGAAAAAGCUGGUUAUCGUGGGUGAUGGUGCCUGUGGAAAAACAUGCCUUCUCAUCGUGUUCUCCAAAGAUCAGUUUCCUGAAGUUUAUGUGCCCACAGUUUUUGAGAAUUAUGUGGCCGACAUAGAAGUCGAAGGCAAGACGGUAGAGCUAGCAUUAUGGGAUACAGCAGGACAAGAAGAUUACGACAGGCUACGACCUCUCUCCUAUCCCGACACUGAUGUUAUUCUGAUGUGCUUCUCCAUUGAUAGUCCUGACAGUUUAGAGAACAUCCCUGAAAAAUGGACUCCGGAAGUUAAGCAUUUCUGCCCAAAUGUACCGAUCAUUUUGGUUGGUAACAAGAAAGAUCUGAGAAAUGAUGAAAACACAAAGAGAGAGUUAAUAAAGAUGAAGCAAGAGCCUGUUAAGUUUGAAGAAGCCAAGUCAAUUUGUGAAAAGAUCAAUGGCUAUGAUUAUUUGGAAUGCUCUGCUAAAACAAAGGAAGGCGUAAGAGAUGUAUUUAAAACAGCCACAACAGCUGCACUUCAGGUAGAGCUAGCAUUAUGGGAUACAGCAGGACAAGAAGAUUAUGACAGGCUACGACCUCUCUCCUAUCCCGACACUGAUGUUAUUCUGAUGUGCUUCUCCAUUGAUAGUCCUGACAGUUUAGAGAACAUCCCUGAAAAAUGGACUCCGGAAGUUAAGCAUUUCUGCCCAAAUGUACCGAUCAUUUUGGUUGGUAACAAGAAAGAUCUGAGAAAUGAUGAAAACACAAAGAGAGAGUUAAUAAAGAUGAAGCAAGAGCCUGUUAAGUUUGAAGAAGCCAAGUCAAUUUGUGAAAAGAUCAAUGGCUAUGAUUAUUUGGAAUGCUCUGCUAAAACAAAGGAAGGCGUAAGAGAUGUAUUUAAAACAGCCACAACAGCUGCACUUCAGACCAAGAAACGGAAAAAGAAGAAGGGAUGCAGUAUAUUGUAAAAUGGUUGAACUUGUUCUGCAGAACUUUGCUUUAAAUAAUGUGAUAUGCUAGAGCUCACUAACUUACAUGGAAGGAACUUCUCCCACUCUGUUUGGGGUGGGCCAAUCCGAUGUAAAAGAGAACUUCUUUCUGAAACAGAAAGGAGAUGUCCGUAGUAAUCAUUUAUUAAUUUGAAUUAUUAGUAUUGUUACAUAACCAUGCACUGGUCUACCUGUAUGGCAUAUUCUGAUGGUGAGAUUGCAUAUCAUUGUAUUUCUAUUCGCUGUGAGGCAGCAGGUUUCAUUGUAAGUUAGGAUACAUAGCCAGGUGUGGUGAUGCAAUGAUGUUUAUUAAUUGACAAGUGUAUAAAAAAAACUUGCCUUUCUCUUUAAAGUGAAUUAAUGUUAUUGGCCCUUCUGUGUUUUUGGCCAAUAGGCUUUUUGCAUGAUGUGAUCUCUCGGGACGAAAUCCAGUUUUUCAGAUCACUAAGUAUUAACUGGUAUGUCGAAAACAACGGAAACUAAGGUUGAUUGGUGCAAGAUUGGAUUGUAAGACUUAAAGGAGCUAUGUCACCACUUGUCGAGUUUGUUUUUUAUGAUCAAUGAAAUUGCCUUUGAAUUGAAGGGAAGUUUACAAAGGUAGCGAAACAUCAAUGAUAGAGUAAUCUAAACAAGAACAAAGAGCAUCAAACAGAGAGACACUGCAAGCUACAAACUUGGAAAAUUAAUGCCAAUGUGUAAUUUGAUUUAAGACAUAGCUCCUUUAUGUUUUUGUGGUGCACCAUUGCUGAUCUUGUAGCAUGAGAUCAGGUCAUUCAAAGAGCUCAUGUGACCUCUCAAGAAAUAAGUAGAAUAUUGAAUAACCGACAAUGUGUGUAAGUGAUUGUCUCUCAGCAACAGAUUUUGAUUGUCUUUAGCUAGAUAAAAACUACUGUUAUAAAAUAGUUUUUGUAGGAGAAUUUUUGUAUGUGUUGAUGUUCUUCUUGGACUGGAGUGGUUUGAAAAUCCGAUGUUUCCAGUGUUUGUACAAGAAAUAGUAUGUGCUAAUUAUUGCUAGUUUCAUCAAAAUAAUGAUAUAUUUUCUUUGGAGUUUCAGACCUUUUCCAGGGCAUAAAAGUUGUUUUCCUCAAGAAUGGUGUAGAAUUUGGGAGGUUUUGCACAUAAUGAACUAAUGGCUUCACUUAUGUGCAGCUCCAAAUUUGAUUGCUUGGUAAAUUUUUAAAACGUUUGAUUUGUGUAUGUAAUAUGCAAUGUAAUAAAAUGCUGUUGAUUCAAAGGCUGUAAUUCGUGAAUGGAGAUACUCUUUUCGGUUUGUCCAGUAAAGUAAUAAAACUUGUUAUUUUGAAACGUUGUGAAA